AGCAGAUUCCAGAAUGACAGAAUUCCAUCACUUUCUCCCGUAUACACAUACUUAUAUAUGCGCUACUGUAGAAAAUCUCGCAGGGAUUUCCAAUUGUUUUCCAUCUCAAUGGAUUGUGUAAUGAGACCAUCUUGAUUCUUGCAUGCCAUCCUUGUAAAUUGAAAUGAAAGAGGUACAGAAGUUGCAAUUAAUGUAUGCUUACUGGAGAGCAGAAGUGCUCAAUUUGAUUCGCACAAGUCAAUGGCGUCAACUUAAGUCAGAGAGAGUAUAAUUUGUUUUUCUUUUGGAACGCAAUAAAAUACACAUAUACACACAUCGAAAAGUUAUUUCCCAUUCGUCAGUUGUUCAGAAAACAGAAGACAGAGAAGGAAAAAAAAAAGCAGAUAGUUUUUGGUUUUUGGGGGGUGGGGGAUAACGCCAUCGAGAGCAAUCACGCCAUCCCAGCUCACGCGUGAACCCAGCGCUCUGUUUUUCCGAUUUCGAAGCCCAAUGCCGCUACUCAAAGUAGCCAGUGCAAAAGCAAAGCGCCUUUAUAUAUAUUAUGGGUAGUCAAGGUUAACAACUCGAAGCCAAUGGGGAGCCUCUAGGAAACAUUAAAAACACAGCGAGAAAGCGAGACCCCUUUUCUCCACAAAAGCAAAUAAGCUGCAGAGUAACUUCACUACUCUGUUUCAUUUGCUAGUUUCAGGAUGUCUAUGGUGGAAGUUAGAGUCCCAAACUUAGAUUGUGAAGGAUGUGCAUCCAAGAUCCGAAAAGCUCUGUUCAAGCUCAAAGGUGGUUUCUUUAUUCUCCUUCUUCUUCCUCGGUUACUUAAAAACCACAUUGCUCUCUCCGCCUCUCUUAUAAUUUUGCAUUCUGACUCUAUAAACUGUGGCCUCUUGACAGUCCCGUCUCUGUUAAUUUCCUUAAUUGCGUUAUUCAAUAAAAUUAAGGCUCACAUUAUCUGUAAUGUGGUAACAAAAAUUUGUAAUAUCAGGAGUGGAGGAAGUUGAGGUGGACAUGGAAGUGCAGAAAAUCACGGCAAGAGGAUACGGUUUGGAGGAAAAGAAGGUGCUGAAAGCUAUCAAACGAACUGGGAAAGCAGCAGAGCCAUGGCCAUAUCCAGGAGGCUACUCCUAUUUCGCUUCGUUUUACAAAUACCCAAUGCACGUUGUUAACCAUUAUUACGACAGUACCAAGAACGUUGCUGCCCCCGGCGUCCACAGCUUCUUCCACACUCCGGCGGUUUACUCGGUGGCGGUCGCCUCAGAUGAGGCCGUUGCCUCCCUUUUUAGUGAUGAAAAUCCGCAUGCUUGCGCAAUUAUGUGAUAAAAUAUAGUACUACUUAAAUACCUUCAGUACUACUAGGACAGGAUCAGAGGAGAGCCUUCCUUUUUACAUGUCUUUUUUUUUGGGUAGUUUUUUAAUUAUUUUUAGUGUUACCUUUGGCCUGGGAAGAGUAAUAUGUUUAUAUGCAUUUAAAAUAUGUGUAAGUUUAAAUUAAUUUCUACAACACACUGCCAUGUCUAUUUUUGUUUCGUUUGGGUAUGGAGACAAAUCACCAAGGUUAAUCUUCCAUAAACCCGUAAAUUAGGUUAAUCUUCCAUUCGUUUACUGGUUUGGUUUUCCAUAAAUUAGGUUAAUCUUCCACAAACCCAUUUACUGGAAACAAAAUUUGUUUCGUGAUGUAUUACACAUUCGAAAUCACGGCCUCAAAUAAUCAGGAUUUGAGGUAGGGUAGAUUAUUUUGGAAAGAUGAAACUCUUCUUUUCGAAAUAUUUUUCACUCAGUUUUGCA